AUGUCUCAAAUCGGGAAACUCCUUUCUGUAAAAGGAAAACCAAUGAUGCUUCAUGAUGGUUAUAUCUAUACUGUAGAACGUACAACAACGACGAAAUUAAUUCUUCGAUGCCAGAAUCGAGAUUGUAAAGCUCGUUGUCAUACUAAUUUAUCAAUGGAUGCAAUUCUCUCCCAACCAACAACCCAUUCCCAUGCUCCACAACCUGAUCGUGUUCCAGCUAUUCAAUUAAAAAAUGAUAUUAAAGCUCGUGCUGUGAUAACAGAUGAACCAACCAGUUCAAUUAUUCA